UUUUGUUGUGUGUGUAGAUAAACAUGGGAAGCUCUAGUACCAGCAGUAAAGACGAUUUCUCAGUGUUGGUGCUGGCAUCGGAUCUUGGUAUUGAUGCCCGACCCUUUUUGACCCAUCAAGAACCUGAAGACAGCUGGUAUGAUUGCACUUCAGACCCUCCUCCUUCUGAGGAACAAGAUUUUGCUCAUCUUGAUUCACUGCAGUUCUUACGCCUUGAAUCUGGAUCUGACAAAUUGGGUAAUCGGAUCUUUCGUAUUAUUGGAAAAUACUUUCCGGCUCUAGUUAUAAGUGCGGAGCGGCUGAAAAAGUAUGUCUUUAACAAAAUUUGCACGGAGCUGCCUGAGGGGCCAUUCUGUAUUGUCUACAUGCAUAGUACGGUUCAGAAGGAGGAUAACAACCCUGGAUUGACCAUCUUGAGGUGGAUCUACGAAGAGCUACCUUCUGACCAUAAGGACAGGCUUCAGGCUGUAUACUUUGUGCAUCCUGGGCUCCGGUCAAGGCUUGUUCUUGCAACCCUAGGCAGAUUUUUCCUGAGUGGAGGCUUGUAUUGGAAAGUAAAGUAUGUUAGUCGACUGCAAUACCUUUGGGACGACAUAAAGAAAAGAGAGCUUGAGAUCCCUGAAUUUGUUCAAAAGCAUGAUGAGAUUUUAGAGCACAGGCCACUGACUGAUUAUGGAAUUGAACCAGAUCCCCUCCACUUGUCGCAGAUGCCACCGUCAGCCUACUCGAUUGGUAGACAUGACACCGGAUGGGCAUCUAGACAGUACAUGUCUUAGAAAAUCUGCUAGAUUCUGUACAGCGUCGUAGCUUUUGUACCAACUCUUAGUGUUUUUCAGUUUAGUGAUGUUUCUACAACUUAUAUGAACUUUGUCCUAAGCUUUCUUCUGCCCAACCUAUGUAUUACAAUAAACUGGUAUUCCAUUAGUAAUCUUUAUCCUAAGAAACUGCUCAACUUCCUAAA